AUGUCUGUGCAUCAACUGCUGCUGCAGUGCACAUUACCAAGUGCGCCGUCUACGACGCGUGCCAUUCCAACCCGUAUCUCCGCCCACGGCAGCGUUAUCGCCUAUGGAACUGGCAACAACGUGGUGGUCCGUGACAUGGCAAAGCCAGGCCACGUGACUGUCUGCAGGUGCCAUACAGCACCCGUCACGGCUGUGCGCAUCAGUCCGUCAGGCAAGUUGGUGGCGUCGGGGGAUCAGAACGGGAACCUUCUGGUGUGGGUGCGGCAGCCCGACACGAAGGAGGUGCUCAACACGAAGCAGCUGCAGGGACCGGUCCGUGACAUCGCGUGGACGGCAGAUGAGGAACGCUUGGCUGUGGUGGGUGAUGGAAAGAAUAUCUUUGCGUCUGCCAUCACUAUCACUGCUAACAGCAUCGGGACCAUCAAUGGCCACUCGCAGAACAUUCUCUCCUGCGACAUGCGCGGGGACAGGCCUUACCGUAUUGUGACGGGCGGCGCAGACUCGAUGGUUGGGUUCUACGAAGGUGUGCCCUUCAAGUUCAAGUGUAAUGUUAAGGGCCACACCGACAAAGUAACAUGCGUGCGCUAUAGCCCAGAUAUGGAAAGAAUUGCAACAGUUUCCAGAUCCACUGAUAUUAUUAUUCUUGACGGCACAACUGCCGAAAACAAGAAACUCAUACCGACAGGGCACAAGGGAACCAUUUUUGCCAUUGCGUGGAGCCAAGACGGAGGCAAAAUUGCCACUGCAAGUGCUGACAAGACCGUCAAAAUUUUUGAUGCAGAGAAAGGGACGCUUAUCGGUUCAUGCUCUUUGGGAACCGAGGUUGGUGAUAUGCAGCAAGGAGUGGCGUACACGUCACAGGGUGUUCUCUCUGUUUCUUUUGGUGGCAAGCUGACAUUGAUCAGUGAGCAGGGCGAGAAGAAGACUGCCAUGUCAGGCCACCAAGGGCGAAUCAUUCUGCUCCACAAUGUCUCGGACAGAACGCUGGUUUCAGUCAGCGUGGACCGAGCACUGGUGUGGUGUGGAUCCGGCGAUGGGGCAAGGACGGCGCAAGAAGUGCCCAUUGGCUCUGACGUCAUCAAUGCAGCAGCCUUCGGCGAGGGCAACCUGUACCUCGCAGUUGGCAGUGACUUGCUGCGUUACGCCCUGACUGACACCAAGCCUACCCUCAUCUCGAAAGAGGCAGCCAACACCGCGGCCUUGGCGGUCACGACGGGCGGGAAUGUGGUACUUCUCUCGAAGAACGGCUUCAUCGUUGUGGAUGCAUUAGGGCACAAGGUCGCGGAGGAGAAGCUAAAUAAGUUCGACGGCACCAGCGCGGCAGCCCACAGCAGCGCCGUCUUGCUCGGUGGUGACAAGGUGGUCAAGGGCUACCGCGUCACUGCUGGCGGCCUGCCGGAGGCGUACGUGCAGUUCGCCGGCCAUCACACCGGCGUGGUGGCGUGCGUGGCCUUCUCGAGCGAUGGGCAGCGCGUGGCAUCUGGGGAUGCGGCGCGGAAUAUAUUUGUGUGGUCAGCCACCGACGGAAGCGUUCUGUACAAGGACCUGGUGUUUCACACCCUCCGCGUCACAGCGCUGGCCUUUUCACCCAAGAACAACGCGCACCUCCUCUCAGGUAGCAUGGAUGCCGCCCUCAUUCUGUGGGACCUCAACGCCACGACGCGCAAGACAGAGGAUGGGGCCCACCGCGGUGGGGUGUCGGCCGUUGCCUGGGCAGAAGAUGGUGUCUUGCUGUCGGGCGGCAGUGAUGCGUGUGUGCGGUGUUGGAAGCCCCCCUCCCGACGAGGUUCGUAG